AUAUAUUUUUACCUCAUCAAUCCAUUCCAUCUGUCAUUUUUCUGUUGUUGAAUGAAGGGUAAAAAAUCCUGUUUACUUUUUUACCAUUGUGGUGUCACUGCUUCUCGUAUUCUGGAUUUGGCUCUUGGAUUCUCCUGUACUCCGUUGGAAACUUUAUAUUUAACGACUCAAUCUUCAAUGUGGAGUGUCAAAACGGGAAUCGUAUCAAUAUCAAUAUGGAAAAUUGUCCAGAAACCUCUACACAUUUAGAAACACAAGUGUUCUUUUGUGUAACGAAAAAGUUACGCGGUCCGCACCAUGUCGUCAUAAACCAUGAUGUCAUCCAAUUUUGUAAAGAAAGCCUAAAAGUAUUAGAAGAAUACCGGAUCGCCGACAUUUUCGGUAUUGAUAUCAUUCCAACAAACAGUUCCUCUCUGUACAUCUGCCUCUUUUGUUAUCCUCGUCAAAAAAGCACAUUUUGUUGUGGGAAUUUUUCGACGGCCCAACACCGGCAAAAACUUCGAAUCCUCAUACAAGUUGGUGGAGAAGGGUGCAGUUUGGCUCAUAAUGAAAAUAUUGCAUGGGAAUGGAAACGUCGAGUUUUGGUAGUUCUUCACAAUUUGUAUCCCAGAAUAGACAGGAUUCAGCUCACAAGUAAGAGAAGAAUUUUGACCAUAAUCAACCCAAAGAGUGGAAAGGGAAAUGGAAUUACGAUAUUUAAGAAAAAUGUGGCUCCAAUCCUUCAAAAUUGUGGGAUUGAGCUGGAGUUGUUCAUUACGGAACGUGAAGGUCAUGCCAAAGAAAAGAUGAAAAGUCUGGAUUUUUCAACGGUGAAUGGUGUCGUAACCGUUGGUGGCGAUGGGAUACUUUACGAAGUAAUUAACGGAUUCAUGUCAAGAGAAGAUGCAGAUGAUUGGAGUCAUAUCCCAUUUGGAGUAAUUUCUAGCGGGUCUGGGAACGGUCUGGCAAGAUCUUUAGCCCACGCUUCCGGUGAGUCCUCAGAUUACCUACGCGAUCCUGUACAAUCAUCAAUGCUGGCUGUUGCGAGAGGAAAUACUGUUCCAAUUAACCUGGUCACAGUUGAAAGUGACGACACCUUAACCUACGCUUUCCUGUCCUAUGGAAUGGGACUUUUUGGCGAUAUCGAUAUUGAAAGUGAACGGCUUCGUUGGAUGGGCGAACGAAGAUACACACUGUGGGCAUUUCAUCGAAUACUGAAUCUUAGAAAAUAUCCAGUAACUCUGACUUACACGCCGCUGGAAGCUGAUUCCGAAGUUAGUGUGGAAAAGGAAGAAUUUGUCCUAAUUCAUAGUUCCUGGACAUCCCACAUCGGGACGAACGUCAACUUUUCGCCAACUUCAGUGCUUGGAGAUGGGGUUUUGCAUCUCGUUUAUAUUACGGAAGCUAGUCGAUCACAAAUUUUGAAUGUAUUGUUGUCCUUGGAGCAUGGGGCGUUUUUAAAUUCGAAAUGUGUCAAGUAUGUCAAAGUGAAGGAAUUUUGCAUCGAUGCUGGAGACCGUGAUAUACCUGGAAAUCCUACGAUUGAUGGAGAAUUGUGUCAUGGAAAAAAGAUGCGAAUCAAAAUAUCCGAUAAGAAAUUGAACGUGUUUUGUCUAUAAUUUAGCAUUUAUGUAUAAGUAAUUAAAUUGAUCUGGUCUACCGAGAUUUUGUACUUAAUUGAUUGUACGUAUGCAAUUGAGACUAUCUUCCUACUGUAUGUACACAUUGAUAUAUGGGUAAUUUGUAGCAUAUCUUACUGCAAAAGGAGUUCUGAUUCCCUAUAAUAUUUAGUAUCCUAAUUUUAAGUAUUGAUAUGUAAUUAAUAUUUUAAAUACAUGAAUCCAUCCAUCCAUUAUAAAGUUAGCAUUAUUAUUAUAUUGACAACCUAACAUACAUAUGCAUAAAAUAAGUGAGUUUGAACAAUGAAUAAAAAUUCUUCAAAAGUACGAUGUCAAUGUUAAGUUCAUUA